AAUUUGAUUCUUUAUAUACACAAUUUUUUAAUCACACUUUAAACGUUCGGAUAGUUAAUUAAUUAAAUAAUUUUGAUAAUACAUAAAUAAUCACUGACACAUUGAAAUCGCACGGUACAUGAGAUUGAUGAUUGAAUCAAGAAAUAAAGGCGAAAGAAGGCGACACAGCAAUCACUUGCUUUGUAGGGACAAAUAAUCACUUCUCAGUUCUCACAAAACAAAAAAAAACUGCGCAACUCUUAGAGGUUCAGAUUAGAAGUUUCAGGUGCUGCAAUGGCGAAUCGCCAAGUUGUCGGGUUCGUUGGGUUGGACGAUUUGAGCUUGCAGAUGGCGUCUUCGCUUAUUCGCCAUGGCUAUGCAGUUCAAGCUUUUGAGAUAACUGAUUCCAGCAUAGAUGAACUUAUGAAGCUUGGAGGACGCAGAUGUUCAAGCCCUUCGGAAGUGGGAAGAGAUGUUACAGCUUUAGUGGUCCUAAUAUGCCAUGCGGAUCAAACUAAAGAUCUAAUUUUUGGAGAAGAGGGUGUUUUGAAAGGUCUAAAAUCGGAUACAGUUCUAAUCCUCCGUUCAACCAUAUCACCAUCAGUUCUCCAAAAGUUGGAGAAGGAACUGGCAGAAAUUCAUGAGAUAAAUUACAUUGUUGAUGCAUAUGUCUCUCUUGGGAGGUCUGAUGCUUUCAAUGGAAAAAUCACUAUUGCAUCAUCAGGAAGGCCGGAUGCCAUUGCAAAGGCUUGGCCUGUGCUUUCUGCAAUGUGUGAAAAGCUUUUCACUUUUGAGGGUGAAAUUGGUGGUGGCAGUAAGGUUAAAAUGGUUACUGAGUUGCUUGAGGGAAUUCACUUCAUUGCUUCAGUGGAGGCUCUCUCUCUUGGUGCCAAAGCUGGAAUUCACCCAUGGAUAAUCUAUGAUAUCAUUUCCAACGCUGCUGGAAAUUCAUGGGUUUUCAAGAAUAAUGUUCCUCUUUUGUUAAAGGGAGAGAUUAAGCAUCAAAUUCUAAACACUAUUGUUAAGGACUUGGAAAUCAUUUUGGAUAUGGCCAAGUCACUUACUUUUCCACUUCCACUUUUGGCUACCACUCAUCAACAACUUAUUCAUGGGAUCUCAAAUGUUUCUUGUGGAGAAGAUGAUAGUACAUCAUUAAUUAAGGUUUGGGAGAAAAUUUAUGGAGUAAAAGUUUCAGAUGCUGCAAAUGAAGAUUUAUAUAGCCCUGAACAAUUGGCAUCGGAAAUCACUUCGGAUUCUAAGAGUGGGAGAAGAGUUGGUUUUGUAGGCCUUGGAGCAAUGGGAUUUGGCAUGGCAACUCAUUUGGUGAAUUCAAAAUUCAGCGUCAAUGGUUUUGAUGUGUAUAAACCAACUGUAACACGAUUUGCAAAUGCUGGUGGCUUUAUUGGGAACUCUCCAGCUGAAGUGAGUAAAGAUGUUGAUGUUCUCAUAAUCAUGGUUGCAAACGAAGCACAAGCAGAAAAUGUAUUGUAUGGAGAAUCUGGUGCAGUUUCAGGUGCAUAUAAAUUUCUCAAUUAUCUAUGAUAUGUGAGUCAGCUAGAGCGUAGAUUGCAUAAUGAGGGUAAAAGUUUGAAGUUAGUGGAUGCCCCUGUUUCUGGUGGAGUUAAGAGGGCCUCAAUGGGAACACUUACGAUAAUGGCUUCGGGAUCCGAUGAUGCUCUUAAGAGCGUUGGUUUAGUCUUAGCAGCCUUAAGUGAGAAGCUUUACAUUAUUAAAGGUGGCUGUGGUGCUGGAAGUGGUAUAAAGAUGGUUAAUCAAUUGCUUGCUGGAGUUCACAUAGCAUCAGCUGCUGAGGCAAUGGCAUUUGCAGCAAGACUGGGUCUGAAUACAAGACUCUUGUUUGAUUUUAUUACAAUUAGUGGGGGUACAUCCUGGAUGCUUGAAAAUCGUGUCCCACACAUGCUAGAUAAUGAUUACACACCAUAUUCAGCACUUGAUAUCUUUGUGAAGGACAUGGGAAUCGUUACUCGUGAAUCAGCUUCUUUGAAAGUUCCACUUCAACUAUCAACUAUUGCUCAUCAACUGUAUCUGUCAGGUUCUGCUGCUGGUUGGGGACGGCAAGAUGAUGCUGGUGUGGUUAAGGUUUAUGAGACACUAACCGGUGUCAGAGUUGAAGGGAAACUCCAGGUUCUGAGGAAAGACACUGUGUUGCAUUCUCUUCCAUCUGAGUGGCCUCAAGAUCCUCUCCUUGACAUACAAAAACUCACUGAAAAAAGUUCCAAGAUUUUGGUAGUUCUUGAUGAUGAUCCAACAGGAACACAAACUGUUCAUGAUAUAGAGGUAUUAACAGAAUGGAGUAUUGAAUCACUGACUGGGCAGUUUAGAAAAGGUCCAAAGUGCUUUUUCAUUUUGACAAACUCCAGGUCACUGAGUUCUGAGAAGGCCAGUGCACUGAUAACAGAGAUAUGCAGAAAUCUAGACGCUGCAGCAAAAACAGUUGACAACAUUGAUUAUACAAUUGUUUUGAGGGGAGACUCAACUUUGCGUGGCCAUUUUCCUGAGGAAGCAGAUGCUGCUGUUUCGGUGUUAGGUGAAAUGGAUGCGUGGAUAAUUUGUCCCUUUUUCCUUCAAGGAGGCCGCUACACUAUCAAUGACAUACACUAUGUUGCUGAUUCUGAUACGCUUGUUCCUGCAGGGGACACAGAAUUUGCUAAAGAUGCUGCCUUUGGCUACAAAUCUUCGAAUCUGCGUGAUUGGGUAGAAGAGAAGACUGGUGGUCGAAUACCUGCAUCCACUGUUGCAUCUGUUUCCAUUGAACUUUUGAGGAAAGGAGGACCAGAUGCAGUUUGCCAGCAUCUAUGCAGUCUGAAAAAGGGUUCAGCAUGUGUAGUUAAUGCAGCUAGUGAAAGAGACAUGGCUGUAUUUGCACUUGGAAUGACCAAGGCAGAAUUGAUGGGAAAACACUUCUUAUGUCGUACUGCUGCUAGUUUUGUUUCUUCCCGAAUUGGAAUUAUCUCGAGGCCCCCAAUAUUGCCAAAGGAUCUAGGAAUUACUAGAGAAAGGAAUGGUGGUUUGAUAGUUGUGGGAUCAUAUGUUCCAAAAACAACAAAGCAGGUUGAAGAACUUAAAUUACAGUGUGGUCAGUUCUUGAAAAGCGUUGAGGUCUCAGUUGAAAAACUUGCAAUGAGGCCUGUCGAGGAGCGGGAGGAGGAAGUCAGUCGAGCAGCUGAAUUAGCAGAUGCAUACCUUAAAGCUCAUAAAGACACCCUUAUAAUGACCAGCCGGAAUCUCAUAACUGGAAAAACUGCAUCUGAAAGUUUGAACAUUAAUUUUAAAGUGAGCUCUGCUUUGGUGGAAAUAGUGAAAAGAAUAACUACAAAACCUCGCUAUAUACUUGCAAAGGGUGGUAUUACUUCUUCAGACCUUGCUACAAAAGCCCUUGGUGCUAGAUGUGCCAAGAUAGUUGGACAAGCACUUGCUGGAAUUCCCUUGUGGCAAUUAGGACCAGAAAGUAGGCAUCCAGGAGUUCCAUACAUUGUCUUUCCUGGCAAUGUUGGUGAUAGCAGAGCUUUGGCUGAAGUAGUCAAGUCCUGGACUCAUCCAAUCAGACUUACAUCAACAAAGGAGAUUCUUAGCAAUGCUGAAAAGGGAGGGUAUGCUGUUGGAGCAUUUAAUGUCUACAAUUUGGAAGGAGUUGAGGCUGUUAUUUCUGCAGCAGAGGAAGAACAAAGUCCUGCUAUAUUACAGAUCCAUCCUGGUGCCUUGAAGCAAGGAGGAAUUCCCUUGGUUGCUUGUUGCAUUUCUGCUGCAGAGCAAGCCAGUGUCCCGAUUACUGUUCACUUUGAUCAUGGAACUUCAAAGCAAGAUCUUGUGGAAGCUCUUGAUCUGGGAUUCAAUUCUGUGAUGGUAGAUGGUUCACAUCUUUCCUUCAAUGAAAACACUGCAUACACAAAAUUUAUAUCACUGCUGGCUCACUCGAAAGGGAUAUUGGUUGAAGCUGAGCUAGGAAGGUUGUCUGGGACGGAAGAUGAUUUGACUGUGGAAGAAUAUGAAGCAAAGCUAACAGAUGUUAAGAUGGCAGAAAAAUUCAUCGAUGAGACCGGCAUAGAUGCUUUGGCAGUGUGUAUUGGAAAUGUGCAUGGAAAAUACCCUGCAAGUGGUCCAAAUCUCAAAUUUGAUUUACUGAAGGAACUGCAUGCAUUGAGCUUGAAGAAAGGAGUUUUCCUGGUGCUUCAUGGAGCAUCUGGCUUAUCCGAAGAACUUGUUAAGGAAUGCAUAAACCUUGGUGUUAGGAAGUUCAAUGUUAAUACUGAAGUAAGGAAGGCCUACAUGGAUUCCCUCAAUACUCCACAGAAAGAUCUAGUUCAUGUUAUGGCCUCUGCAAAGGAAGCCAUGAAAGC